UCUAAAAUAUUUAGUAACUACCUUUACCUUAAUUCUAAAUUCUAAAGUUUAAACUUUAAUCAUAUUUAUUCUUGUAAGAUACAAGGUAGAUACGUACUAAAAGUCAAAAGAUUUUCCGAGUUUUUUUUCCACGGUUUUUGUUGAAUAGCGCUUAUUUAAAUAUAAUAAAUAUUAAACCUAUUCAAUUAGGGAAUAAAUACACAGAUAUUUAACCUAAUCAGCAUUCACAGCAAGCAAUUUGGGCGAACCAAUUUGUUAAGUAUUUAAAAUGGCAAGAGGGCAGCAAAAACUUCAAUCACAAGCCAAAGCUGCAGAGAAGAUGUCUAAGAUAAAGAAACAACAGGGACACAGUGCUAAUGACCAAAAAAAAGCUGCACAGAAAGCAUUAGUUCAUGUCUGUGCUGUUUGUAAGGCCCAAAUGCCAGAUCCGAAGACCUACAAGCAACAUUUUGAAAACAAACAUCCCAAAAAUGAUCUGCCUGAAGAUUUAAAGGAUAUUUGAAGAUGGUCCCGCGAUGUGGCUCGUGUAACUAUAUUACUUGCAUUUAUAAUGAUUUGUACAUGAACUAAUUAUAGAUGUCCCAUCUAACUGUCUGACUAUCUAUAACACAAUACCACUCCGUCAUGUUCUAAAUAACUUAUAAUUAAAUGUACACAUUGUUAUAUA